AUGGAACCCAAAAUCGACCCCAUGCGGGACACCUUUGUUCUCUGUGCUUCCCAGCAAACAGUCCAGUCUGAGACUCAGCAGGUGAAAGGCAUCGUGGGACAGUCUUUCUCUUUUCAAGAGAGGGUGAUCAAGACUGGCAAUUUACUUUAUGAAGACCUUGACAGUAUUCCAAAUGUGUACCCUGGUAAAGAAGGCAAAAUCACCCUUGAGAAGAGAUUUGAAAACCGCCUCCGUUUGAACAAUGUUACAAAAUACUUCACUCUGUCAGACCUUCAGAUAGACGAUGCUGGGGUUUAUACUGUUGAGAAUACAGACGAAGAGAAAAAAACAACCAUAUUUGAGCUCACUGUAUACAAUGUUGUUUCCAAACCUCAGGUGACAGAGUGUGACAGCAGCUCCUGUAGUGUAGUGUGUUCUGUGGACAAUGAAAAAGAGGUGACCUUGACCUUGUACAGGGGAGAGGAAAUACUAAACCAGACCAGCAGUCCUGAUCUCACCACCGAUCUUUCUCUCCAUUUGGAGGUAGAGGGAAAGAACUACAACUCCACCUACAGCUGUGUGGCUCACAACCCUGUCAGCAAUGAGACAGUUCUUGUCCCAAAAUGUUGCAGUGAACAUGGUCAUCCUAAUGAUGCAGACAUGAAUGAGAGGACUCUGGGUGUGCUUAUUAUUGCUGUAUUCUGCGUUCUGGUUGUCUCAGGGCUGUUUGGAUUUGCAAUCUAUCUAAGGAAGAGUAGAAAUGAACACUCGCAAGGCAGAUUCAUCUGA